AAGUAUGUGGCAUCUUUCAGCAAAAUCUAAUUAAAAGACCCCAAAACAGACAAUUGUAGUAUUGGGCCUGCAUAAGAAUAGGCUGUGUGGCUACAAAAUUGCAAUGAGCAAUCCAUCCUUCCCCAAUUGUAUUUCUGUGAACUGUUAACACUUGCAAACAUAAGAUAUACUGGUAAAAGUGAGGCAAUGUCCUUUUCUCCUGUUGCUUGCCUCAACAGUCCUAACUGAAACCAAUGUAGAAAUCUUUUGCUUCACCGCUCGUUGCUUUUAGUCAAAAUAUGGAAACUGCUUCUGUUCUGAUUCCCUCCAAAACAAUCCCAUUUGGUUUCUCUCUCACAAACAACAGGAUCAACGACAGCAGAAAUAGAGUCUCUCUCAGGCAUUUCAACAAACACCUUCAGUCACAUUUGUCCAACACUAACUUUCACUGCAAUCGCAUUCGUACUCCCAUCAGAAAUCCGUUAAAUCCUUUGCUUUCACUUAACCAAACACUUUCACCAUUGAGAUUUACAAAAACCCAUUUGCUAUCUCCUGUCAAAUGCUCAUAUUCCAGUUCUGCCAGCACAGGCGCUCCCCAAAACUACCCAUGGCUAAAACCCCUAAAAGACCUAUCUUUUGAUGAAGUGAAAGCAAUCCUUUUGCAAUUAACUCCUUUUGAUAUCAUCAAAUGGUCUGCUGUUUUCUCAGUUGCAAUUGCAGUCACAAAAUGGAGUGUGAAUUUGCUUUUGAACCCCUUUUUUUGGAUGUAUUUUAGCUGGACUUGGUUGUUUUGGCCAUGGUUCGUAGCUAUAUCACUUGCAGUUUAUGGGUUGUAUUGCUUCUAUAAGCAUUCAUUAGGUGCAGCGAGUAUUUUUGAGCAAAUUGCAUUAGUUACCUCAGUGUUCACUUGGCUAACACUUGUCCCUCCUGCUCAUUUUAACGGUUAUCUCCAAGGAUGGCCUUUUGUGUUCUUUUUUGUGUAUCAUUACUUCUUUUUCUUCAAUGUUAGUGUAAGGAAACGAUUAUAUGGAGAUUAUUUUGCGCGUCCACAUGACCCUAAGUGGGAUGUUGAUGCACCCAAAUGGCACCGCCUAUUAUUCUGUGCGGGAGUCAUGGUUGGUCAUUGGCUUGCAGCUCUCGAGGGGCCAGAACUGCACCUUAUUUCUGGUGGAUGGAGCAAUGCAGGGAUUUGGGUUUUGAUAUUGGUAACUUUGUUGAUGCAAUAUAAUUCAACACUUUUCCUUGCCAAGUACUCGGAGAAGGUAGUGGUGCCUACUGCAGUUGUACAAUUUGGGCCAUAUAGAUGGGUCCGCCACCCCAUUUAUUCAUCUACUAUGCUUCUGUUUGCUACUUAUUUUAUUGCACUUCGUGCACGUUUGAGCUUGUUAUUUGUAGUAGCAGUGUGUUUGAUAUAUUAUGCCCAGAAGGCAGGAAAAGAGGAGGCUCUAAUGAUCGAGACUUUUGGGGAGAGAUAUUUGGAGUAUACGAGCAAAGUUCGAUACAAGUUCAUUCCUUUUGUUUAUUAAUGCAACUUUCAGGUAUGGCAUUGUUUAUGCAACAUGUUCUGUUAAACAAGGUAAUUAUAGAGUGUACAACUUUAUCGAUAUCGAUAAUCAUUUGUUUUGGUUUGUUUCCGUUUCUUAAGCAAUUAUGUAAACGUGGUUAAUUCAAUCCUUUGUUUGAUA